AUGGCUUCGAGCUUCGGGGACAGAGUCAUCAUCGUGAUUGGCUCCGCGUCUGGCAUGGGCCUCGCCACGGCCAAGACCCUCCUCACCGAAGGGGCCAAAGUUGGAAUGUCCGAUGUGAACGGCGCAGCCCUCGACAAAGUCGUCAAAGAAUUAGGCACGGAGCAGCAGACCCGAGUCUUUCACAGAGCCUCGGACGUCACCGACCGCCAGUCCGUCAAAGGGUUCCUGGAAGAGACGAAGUCCCGUUUCGGCAGCGUCGAUGGCGUCGCCAAUUUCGCAGGGUGCGGCGGCCAUGAGCUGGGCACGCAGUCGAUCUGGGAAACCAGCGACGAGGAGUUCGAGUUCAUCACGAGCCUCAACAUCCGAGGAGCCUUCCACGUCCUGGCUGAGGCCCUCAAGCCCGGGUAUCUUUCCCACGGAGGAAGCUUCGUGCACGUCGGGAGCAUGUUCUCGCUUCAAGGCUUUUACAAGGGCGCUGUCUUUGCUGGAUCGAAGCAUGCUUCGUUGGGAAUGGUCAGGAGUGCAGCCAAGGAAGUCGGCGAGAGAGCCAGGGUCAACUGCGUGUUGCCUGGUGCGAUCGAUACGCCAAUGCAUCAGGCCAAUCUUGCUCGAGUCCCGAAGGACUUUCCGGCUCCAACCAUUGUUGGAAAGGCAAAAGAGGUCGCGGACGUGACGGUAUUCUUGCUUAGCGAGAAGAGCGCGUUUGUCAAUGGGGCGGCUUGGAGUGUCGAUGGCGGUGCUGGUCUUUGA